UUUUAGUAUCCGGGUCACGAGGUCAAUCUCCGGCGGAGCACAGUUAGCAUGAAUAGAUGUUGACAGGAGCAGUCCUCUCUGCAAAGACACCAGCGUAUAGUUUUCUUUCCUUCUCGGACUCUUGACGUGUGGAGAAUGUCCGGGUUUCAGGAUCUGACAGUGUUUCCUUCAGACGUCCAGCAGCUGUCGGUUAGUGAAGAGGAGCUUCCCCCCAAGCAGCAGGAGAGGAGCGCCAGUCUGGACCAGGAGGACAAAGAGUUCCCCCACAUCAAAGAGGAACAGGAGGAACUACGGGGCAGUCAGGAGGGAGAACAGCUUAAUGGACUGGAGGAGGCUGAUACCACCAAGUUCCCCUUCACUGUUAUCCAAGUGAAGAGUGAAGAUGAAGAAGAGGAACUUCAGACCUCACAGGUCUGUCUUCAUCAAAGACGAACUGAACAGAUGGAAACAGGCACUGAUGGAGAGAACUGUGGAGGACCAGAACCAGCCAGGGACUCGGAUCCAGUGAAACAUUUACAGCCAGAAACCAAGGUAGAGACUAAAGACUCUUCUGAACCUGACACUGAUGACAGUGAUGACUGGAAGGAGACCAGAGGACAUCAUUCAGGUUUGAAAUCUGUGGACAGCAUCAAAGAUAAGAGACCAGAGACUGAUGAGAAACUACAUAGUUGCUCUGAGUGUGGUAAAACAUUCACAAUUAAACAAAACCUGAAGAGACACAUGAGAAUCCACACAGGAGAGAAACCCUACGGAUGCCUCACGUGUGGUAAACGGUUUCCUUGGGAUAAUCAGUUAAAAAGACACAAGUGUGGUAGAGUUCAUGGUUCAGAGCUCCAUCAAUACCAACCUGCAGAGAGAGGAGAGGCAGAAUCCAGGGCUGGUGGAGAGGACUGUGGAGGACCAGAUCCAGCCAGCACCACAGGUCCAGAGAGACAUUCACAACAUGAGACUGAGGUCAAGACUGAAGAGUGUGGUGAUCUGGAGAAGAAAGCUGAACAUGGGUCAGAUUUGAACUCUCUGGAAAACUGCAAAAAUAAGAGACAACCAAAAUCACACAGCUGCUCUUUCUGUUGUAAGACUUUCAAGAAGAAAUGGGAUCUGACCCAACAUCUGAAAUACCAUACUGGAGAGAAACCAUACAGCUGCUCAGAGUGUGGUAAAAAAUUUGGACAAAAGCAUCAUCUGAUUGGACACAAGAGAGUUCACACGGGGGAGAAACCCUUCAGUUGUUCUGAGUGUGGUCAAAGAUUUACAAGAAAUUCCACGCUAACAGGUCACAUGUCAAUUCACAGAGGGGAGAAACCGUACAGCUGCUCUGUGUGUGGGAAAAGAUUUCAUCAGAGAGGGCAUCUGAUGACACAUACGCUCAUUCAUUCAGGGGAGAAACCGUUUGGCUGCUCUGAGUGUAGUAAAAGAUUUACCCACAAGUAUUACCUGACACUUCACAUGGCACAUCACAGAGGAGAGAAACCCAUCAGCUGCAGUGUGUGUGAACAACAUUUCUCUUGGUACUCACAGUUAACAAAUCACAAAUGUUUCAACAGUCAGACUUCAGAGUUUCAUCAAAACCAAAGUGAGGACACAAGAGAGGCAGAAACUGCUGAUGUAGAGGACUGUGGAGGACCAGAGCCAGCCAGGAACCCAGAUGCAGAGAGACCCUUACAGCCAGAGACUGAGAUCAAGACUGACCUUUCUGAGCCUGAGAUGGACGACAGGGAUGAAUGGAAGGAAACUAAAGAACAUCAGUCGGGCUUUAAGUUUCUGACAAAUUGUGACAUCUUCCAGAGUGCAGCAAAAUUUAACUCUGACAGGAGAGAAGUUUUGUGCUCCGAGUCUGAUGAAACCACGUACAAUAACCACCUUCUGAAGAUCUACACAAACAGUUACAUAGAGAGGACCAGAACCAGCCAGGGAAUCAGAUCCAGAGAGACAUUCACGAGUAGUGAUUACAGUCAAGUAUGAAACUGCUGACAGUGAUUUUUUCACCCAUCUGAAGAUAACUGAAAAUGAAUCACACAGCCGCUCUAAAUGUAAUAAUAAAUUGAAGGAUCAUGUUGAUUCAUGGA